AUGGCAUUAAUAACAGCCUCAUUCUCGAACUUCAAAUGUGUUACCUAUUUUAUAUUGGUCUUGUCUAUGAUAUGGUGCAUCUGGCUUCUAGUUAAGAAGUUCUACAAAAAUACCCCAAAAUCGCCACACCUGCCUCCAGGACCCAAAGGCCUACCUUUUGUUGGGAACCUGAUCCCUUUCCUCCAUCUUCAACGUCAAAAUUACUUUACCACACUUUCCCAAACCUAUGGACCAAUCAUCUCCCUUCAUCUUGGCUACAAACUUGUCAUUAUCAUCUCAUCUCCCUCGGUAGCAAGUGAGGUUCUCAAGGAUCAAGAUAUUAUCUUUGCCAAUCGUGAUGUCUCGAUUGCUGGUAAAGUAGGGUUUUAUGACGGUUCCGACAUCUUGUGGAGCCCGUAUGGACCCGAAUGGAGUAUGCUACGGAGAGUUUGUGUACAAGAAAUGCUCAGCGGACCCAUGUUGGAUUCUACCUAUGUUCUCCGACAGAACGAGGUCCGAAGGAUGGUAAAGAACCUCUAUGUUCGGGGGAUGUCACAAGUGAAUGUUGGAGAAGAGAUAUUCAUGACAAUGAUUAGUUUAAUCACCAACAUGUUGUGUGGAGGACGAGGUGGAAAUGAGGAGGAGAACAAGAGUCUAGUGAAUGGGUUAGGAUUGAUUGUGAAUGAGAUGAUUCUGCUGCUAGGAAAGCCAAAUAUUUCUGACUUCUUUCCAAGCUUGGCGUAUUUUGAUUUCCAAAGUAUUGAGAAACAGAUGAAGAGGUUAGUGCAGAAGUUUGAAAAUAUAUUUGAAUUGAUGGUAAAUGAACGGACGCGUGAGGAUAAUGAAAAGAAUAAUACACUUCAUAAGAAGGAUUUUUUGCAAGCUUUGUUGAAUAUAAGAGACAGCAGAGAUGCUAAGACACCUUUAACUAUGACCCAUGCCAAAACUCUAUUAAUGGUAUUUAUUCUAACUCCUUAAUAUGAUACAAUUUCAAUACGUCCAAUU